AUGAGGUCUACAGCUGUUAACUUAUUUAGGGAGUCUCCAGUUACUCUCUUGACAAGGCCUUGGAAGAAAUUUAGAGAUGGUACUCUUUUUUAUGGUGCAUCAAAGGCUGGUAACAAGCGUUCAGCUCUUACAACGAAGCAAGGUAAUAAGACAAUGUACAAGGGAACCCGUUCCUCAGGUAUCGGUAAGCAUACAAGAUAUGGUGGGUACACGAUUAAUUGGAAAAGAGUGCGUACGUUUGUGACUCCAAAAAAUUACAAUACUGAUCUAAAACCAUUGGUUAGUCAUAAUGUUCCUGAAUUAAAGCACCAGUUCAAGGGUUAUACAAAGGGUAGUUUAGAUGCCAAGUUGUAUUUCGGAAAACUGCGGGAAUACAUCCAAAAUGGUAAAUUACCCUCUGACGCAUCAGACCCUAAGUGCUAUAUUGAAAGAGGAUGA